UCAGUCUCUCGGUUCAGCCGCUUCUCCGGGAAAGGAAGAGACGCGCCUGGGAACGCUCGUUGUAUGGAGCCCCCUGCGCCGAAGACGGGCUUCUGGCAUCUCCAUGCCGACGCGGAGCAGCUCUUGGGAGAGGGGAGAAACCCGUGGCCUUCCCCGGCCCGCAUCCUGCCGCGCGGGCCCCGAGGAUCGGAUGAAUGAGCCCUAGCAGCGCUUCCCCGCUUUCUGAUGAGGCCUCGUGACCGCCCGCAGCGCCGCCGACCGGGGGUCCGACUCGGUUUUGUGACUUUGUGCCUGGCUGCCGGGUGGGCUCUGCAAGCCCAAGGAGGAGAAAUAUCCUUACUAGUAUCACAACCAAACAUCAAUAGUUCUGUGGCUGAGAACGUUUUGCUGUCAGUGGCCUAUACUGGUGAGGCAAGCCCAGUGAUUGAGUGGAAACACACAUCAGCAAGUGGGACAACAAAAAUAGCAGAAUGGAAGCCUGGCAUUUAUGCCAACAUAUCCAGCAGUUACAAAGACAGAGUGAACAUUUAUGAAAAUGGUUCUCUGCGGCUGCUGAAGGUGGAUAUUAAAGACUCGGGUUAUUACUUAGUCACAGUGAGAGAUGAGUUGGGAAUCAUCACAUAUGGCACCAUCCUGUUGAAUGUUUAUGAAAUUCUAUAUGAAGACUUGUAUUUUGUGGUCGUUGUCUUCACCUUUCUCACCGCUGUGUCCGCUGUUCUGAUCUGCUUGAUGUGGCUGUGCAAAAAAUCUGUGUGCUUUCUGCAGACAGAGAGGCAGCAACUCAGAGUAAGCGAAACUGAAGAGACUGAGCUAUAGACAAUGGGGUGCUAGCUGUAGGAUAUUUAAAGACACAAAUCAGUUUUCUACCUCAAGAAGAAACAAAGCAUGAAAAACAUGACAGUUGGUAUAUAAAAGACUGGACACACUGACUUUGUUAAAUGAUAUUUUCUGAAGCAGAAAAAGCAAAGGUCCACGAAGGUGAUCCAAAGAAGCUUCGGGAGAUGCUCAUAUCAUGAUUUAUAACGGACACAUUUCAAAAAAAGACUCGCUGUUCCUACUAUUUCAGCCACAUAUUCACAAGACACCUAAUUUUUUCUGAUAAUAUCAAGAUA